CCACCCCCAUCCUUUGUGCAGCGGGCGGAGCGCGGAGAGGGGGAGGGGAGGAAGCCGCCGGGCCUCUGGCUCCUUCCUCUUCCUCCGCGGGGAGGCAGGGCCGCCGGCCGGCCGGGCCGGGACACGGGCCAUGUUCGAGCAGCCCCUCUCCCCGGAGCAGCCCCAGCAGCUCUCCGUCCCUGCGGAAGCACCUACUGCUGCCCACCCGGACCUCCCCGGACCUCCCUGCAGAUCCCAUGGUGGAAAAGAUCACAGAGAGCACCCCAGAGCGGGGCCCCAUGUCCACCCCCCUCAACUACCCGCUAAGCGCUAGGAGUUUCAUGCGCAACAACAAGAAAGCACAAAGCUGGUACAGCAUGCUGAGCCCCACGUACAAACAGCGCAAUGAGGAUUUCCGCAGGAUCUUCAAGGGGCUGCCGGAGAGCGAGCGGCUGCUUGUGGAUUACUCCUGUGCGCUGCAGCGCGACAUCCUGCUCCAGGGGCGGCUCUACCUGUCUGAGAACUGGCUCUGCUUCUACAGCAACAUCUUCCGCUGGGAGACGGCAAUCUCUGUCCCACUGCGAGAGGUGAAAUGCCUGAAGAAGGAGAAGAUGGCCAAACUGAUUCCCAACGCCAUCCAGGUCUGCACUGCGGCCGACAAGCAUUUCUUCACCUCAUUUGGAGCCCGUGAUCGCUGCUUCAUGCUGAUCUUCCGCCUGUGGCAGAACGCGCUGCUGGAGAAGACACUGUCCCCGCAGGAGCUCUGGCAUAUAGUCCACCAGGGCUAUGGCGCUGAGCUCGGCCUCACCAGCGAGGACAACGACUACGUCUGUCCUGUCCCCACUGACGAGCUCAAUGGCCUGGGGCCAGCCAGAGAGCUCAGUGACAUCAUCGAGCUGAGAGACCUGGCCUUGCCCUGCACUGCUGACCUCAAGGUGGACCCCAGCCCCAGGCUGGCCAGGACAGCUGCCAGUCAGAGCUUCCACUCACUGGCCAGCAGCAGUGAUGGGGCCGCCUCGCUGGCAGAGGACCCCGAGGAGAAUGUGGACAGCCCGGCGGAUGCUGCCUCCAACUGCACAGCGACACUGGGGCUGGAGCCUCCGAAGGCUGCGGCACUCGGGGGGGCCCCGCUGCCUGCCCUGGGGGACCUGCUGCCCCAUGAGGAGCUCCCCACUGACACCAGCAACUCCUCCUCCUCCUCAUCCUCCUCCACACAGGAUGAAGCGGAGGUGGACGCCUUUUCGGACCUGCCUGGGCGGCUGCUGCUGAACUGCGUCUAUUGCCUGGGGGCUGAGCGGCUGCAGCAGAUGCUCUUCACCGACUCACUGUUCAUGCAGAGUUUCCUGGGCCAGCGCAAGUUCACAGACGUGACCCUGACCUCAUGGAGUGGCAAGAGUAAGUGCCGCCAGCGCCGCGUCCUCUCCUAUACCAUCCCCCUCAGCAACCCGCUGGGGCCCAAGGCAGCUGCUGUGGUGGAGACACAGACCCUGUUCCGUACCAGCCCCAAGAGCGGUGCCUACGUGGUGGACUCAGAGGUGAUCACUCAGGGCAUCCCCUACCAGGAUUACUUCUACACCACCCACCGCUACUGCAUCAGCACGCUGGCCACAGGCACGGCCCGCCUCAGAGUCUCCUCUGAGAUCCGGUACCGGAAGCAGCCCUGGAACCUAGUGAGAGCCCUGAUUGAAAAGAACACAUGGAGCGGCGUGGAGGAGUACUUCCAGCACCUGGGGCUGGCACUGGCACGGGCGGAGAAGACACUGCUGGAGGAGAGUGGCUGCGGGACAGAGCCACGGGGGCUGCUGGCUGGGCUGCGCCGCAGGAAGUGCACGCUGAGCUGGAGGGCCCCCCAUGCUGAGCCCACCCUGGCCACACUGCCCCCCAGCGAGAUGGGGCCCCGCCCACUGCACCCCUCCAGCAGCCUGGCAACCCGGCUCUCCCAGCAGCUGGUGGAGCGAAGCCGGGGCCCUACCGUGUCCACCCUCAUCCUCAUCGUCAGCCUGGUGAUCUGUGUGAGCCUGCUGGUCCUGGUGGUUCUCAACGUGAUGCUGUUGUACCGGCUGUGGGCGCUGGAGCACACAGCCCACGCUUUUCAGGCCUGGCAGGCCUCCGCACUGGCCCGAGGGAAGCUGCCCCAGACGGCAGGCGAGUGGGCCGAGGUCCUGGAGCUGCAGCGCCGUUUCCAUGGCGCCGAGGUGCGGAAGUGGAGGCAGAUCCUGGAGGCCUCUGUGGAGCUGCUGGACGAGAUGAAGGUCUCCCUGGAGAAGCUGCACCAGGGCAUCGCGAUGGCAGAGCCACCCCCAGAGCCAGGCCAGGCUGACACUGUCUCCUGAGGCUGCGCUGGCCACCGGCGCCAUGGGAGACUGACCUGGAUCUGAGACUGCGGCCGGGUCAGCGCCGCCCGGACGCUCCUCGUCGGCCAGCUCAGUGUUGCCCCAUCCUUGGCUGGUGGAUGCCUCCCAGGGUCUGCUUCUCCUGCUGGGUCAGCAGCACCCAGCCAUUGGCUGGCGUCGGCCCUGGCUUGGGCUGCUCCGCUCUCCUGCCACCCCCUGGCGGAGCAGGUCUCUGUGGGGACAGCUAGGUGGAGGCUGCACCGUGGGACACAUGGAGGACCCGCUGUGGGCCGGCUCUGCCCCCUGUGAUCCUCCCGCUGGCUGCAGCCCAGGACAACGGUGGCUGGACUGUGGCUGCCAGCUGGGUCCAGCGCCCCAUGUCUGCCGGCUGGGAGCCUGUCGAGACCUGGGGGAACCCAUCCAGUCUGGGCUGGGAAUUGACUUUCUAGGUGGUCUAGCUGCAUAGUGUUACUGUGAGGAGAGGCCAGGGCUGUUCCCCCACCCCCUUACCUUGGAGCCAGGACUCCUGGGUCCUCUCUGUGCUGGAGCAGGGGCACUUUUGGGGCAGGCUUCAUGUGCUGCGGGGGCACUGCCCAUGUCUCUGCCCCCUUCCCAAACACUCGAUUCCUGGAGGGCUCGGUGCCCACCAGGCAUUGGGUCGUUGUCUCCCAGUCUGGGCCUCUUGCCCUUUGCCACUGCUGGGGGCAGGGGGGAAGGGGCUGUGUGUGUGUGAGCACCCCCACCAGCCUGCACGCUGUCUGCUCCCUUCUAUCCUCAGUGUUAUGGGGCUCUGGCCCCACCCCACUAUUUAUUAGCUGAUUAAAGAGAGUGGCUGGGACAGUGCAUCCAGGACGA